AUGGAAGAUUUACAGAUUUUAUUGCAAUAUGAUGGCUCAUGGGAACAUGAUUCAUCUUAUUCAAAUUAUAGAGUAUCUGGAAUCAUAUUACCAAAGAACUGCAACUUCACAAAUCUUGUUGAUAUAAUAUCUACUGAAAUGAAGAUUCAGCUUAAACAAAAUAAAUUAGUUAUUAAGUACAAAAUCAGUGAUGAUUGUCCUCCAAUUUGUAUUGAAGAUGAUGCAAGUCUUACAUUCUACAAAGAGCUUAAGAGAAAAGAUAAUGAUAUAACAAAAUAUAGAAUAUAUGUAACAUUAGAGAAAAAGAGGAAAAGAGUCUAUUCUAGUGAGACAUCAAAUGCAACUGUAAACCAAGAUGACAUGAAAUUGGUUUUACAAAAUAACAUGUUGUCUAUGGAAGGAGAAUCUUCAAAAUUAAGAGAGACAUCAGAGAAUAGCAUGAAUAUGAUUGAAUAUGCAAAUCUUUUAUCUGACAUUGGAGAGACAUAUCUUGAGGAAGACUUCCAAGAAUUUGUUCAAGGUUCAAGGGAUAUCGAAAUUGGAAAAAAGUACAAGGAUAAAAAUUCAUUGAAGAGUGAAAUAAGCCUCUAUGCAUUAUCAAAACAUUUUCAAUUCAAGGUAAUCAAAUCAUGCACAAGACAAUACAGGUUAAAAUGCGUUGAUGAAGAAUGUCAAUGGAAUCUAUACGCUUCAAAGAUUGGUUACACAAAAGCAUUUGUGAUCCGCAAAUUUGUUGAUAUUCAUACUUGCCGUUUGGAAAAGAGAAUGGGCAGUCAAUGUCUAGCUAGUUCAACCGUCAUUGUAAAUAUUAUAAAACAUAAGUUCAUUGAUGUGAAGACGAUUUAUACACCAAAUGACAUUAUAAAACAUAAGUUCAAUAACACUUCUACUAACCUUAGAUUCAUUUUUGAAAUAUUUAUCACAAAAACUACUAGAAUGGCUGAAUUCAGCAUAAUCAGAUUCAUCCCCAAAACAACGCAAUCCAGUAAGAAUAACAAACUCAUACAUACUAAAUCUCAUUUUCCUACUACAAAUAUCAAACCACAACUCUUUAUCAUCUGA